ACAUGUAUUGGUAUCAUUGUAUAUAUGACUAGACACUGUAAGUACUUCCUGCUGGUGUAGUGCGGGGCGGCGCCAGGACAGGGACAGUGCUGCUCACUUCACAUCCUCCACCAGACGGCGUUGUGGUUGUUGUAGUCAGCGAGGGCGAGUCUGUAGUCAGACGGUGUUGGCUUUAAUUCACUGUUGUCCUCAACUACACUCGUGUCUUCUGCUGACCAUGACUAGUCAUCAGAUCGUCAGCCUGUGUGUCCUUGUGUAUUUCUUGAUGACCGUCAGUGUCGCGUCGUCAUCUGAUUGUCAAGACGCAUGGGUGAAAUGCGGUGAUCACUUAAUCAGCGACACGAAAUCAUGCGAAAAGCAAGAGUUUAAAACCAGUUGCAAGAAGACUUGCGGAUUCUGUGGCGAUUGUCAAGACCUAUGGGGGAUAUGUGGAUAUCGAAUAACCAAAGACAUGAAAUUAUGCGACAUGAAUGUGUAUAAAGGCGGUUGCAGGAAGACUUGUGGAUUAUGUGGCGAGUGUUCAGACAUCUUCAGUGAUUGUUCGGAAAAGCAACUGUCAGGAGAACUUUUGGAAAGUAUACUGCAGGCAGACGUGUAACGAGUGUGUAGACCAGACUACAGGAGGUCACGUGAGAGAUGAAACUGCGACAUCCACAACCACGACAACUGCUACAAGGACUCAUUAUCCUCCCGAAAUCACAAGUUACACAGACAAGCAGGUAUUUUCUGCUGGAGAGACAGUUACUUUGACUUGUAGAAGCAAAAACACUAGAGAUACUCGAGGUGCUUUAAGCUGGCAUAGUUCCCGUAACGGCGUUCGGAACAUCACACGUGAAGCCUCGGACGGGUCUAUACAGCUCGAUAUUUUACAAAUAUCAACUGAAUAUGAUGGGAUGAGUGUGACGUGCGUCGAAAAAGGAAAGAUUGCGGAUACCCUAUCUUCUAUCACGAUCCGUGUUGACAUGUCUUCUGUUUGGGGACAAUGGGAGACCUGGUCAGCAUGCAGCGCCACCUGCGGAGACGGGUCAAGGUCACGGCGGCGCUCGUGCAGCGUCACACGCGGCGCAUGUCAAGGGGAGGCUACACAGACCGACACGUGUAACAUCACAGCGUGCUGUGUUCCUCAGCAUGGACGGUGGAGCGACUGGAGCAGCUGGUCCUCAUGUUCUGUGUCUUGUGGUCAAGGAACACGUACAAGGUCAAGGACGUGCUCUGGACAAAACGUCUGUGGACGACCUUGUGAGGGAAACAAUGUUGCAAAGGAAUACUGCAACCCUUCUAAAUGUCCAGCUUGGGGAUCGUGGAGCAGCUGGACAUGCAGCGUCACCUGUGGAACAGGAACAAUGUCAAGGACGCGUACCUGUACUCCGCCAUCCGCCACGUGCUCAGGUGAUGCCAGUGACCAACAAGAGUGCCAGCGUCCGGCGUGUUGCGUUCCUACACAUGGACAGUGGAACGACUGGGGCAGCUGGUCUUCAUGUUCUGUGUCUUGUGGUGAAGGAACACGUACAAGGUUAAGGACGUGCUCUGAACCCAACGCCUGUGGACAUUGUGAAGGUAACAAUGUUACAGAGGAAUACUGCAACGACUAUGUGUGUCCAGGUAAGUGUAGGUAACUGCCUUUAGUUUUAUUGUUUCAGUGAGGUGUUGUAUUCUAUUGUUAUGUGUUAGGGUUGGCGGGAAAGUGUGUGUGUGUUUCUGAACAUGUCGUGGAGAAAAAAACUCUGAGAUAAAGUGUUUUGGUCUUUCUGUUUAUAGUUGACCGUGUCCCUAAUGCACUUGGACACUGUUUUAUAACAUCAUUUGUUCUUCUCGGGACAUGCUAUUAUCACGACAACUAAUUUUACCAAUUGAUCUUCAAAAUUUCUAGUGAAAGAACACAAACAUUAGGAUUAGGAUUGUACAUGAAUAAAAUGCAAGUCAGAAUGUGGGGAAAAUCUUUCACAGUUUACAUUCUGGUAUCACCUGACAAAAAGUACAGACAUGCUUUAUAAAUCUCUUCUUUUUAAACUGGAAAAAACAGUACACAUUUUAAUUUGUAAGCAUAGCUUUGAAACUAAAUAAAAAAAGUAUUUAUCAGUAUUGUCGUAAUAUUACAGUCUCUUCUGCGUGCGGUAGAUGGGAUUUGAACCCAUGACAGCUAAUUGUCCCUGUAGUUGUGACGUGUGUUACCGGAUUAUCCACACAAGAUUACGAUUUUAUUAGUAAUCAUCAUGUGCAACAUACAAACAAUACCCAGGGUACAGUCAGCGCACUUCCUCGCUGACAGAUGUGGUGAGAUAAUAUCCGCUUUGUGUCCAGUAUUGGCAAGACAAUCCUGGCAAGCCAGUCUCUCUGACUUGAACAUGACUAUCAAGAGUCGUAUUCACUCAAAAUAGAUCGGUUCUGACAAAAUUUACCGAAUGAUGCCUAAUUUGAUUAUUUGACAAUUAACAAAGAACAACUGAUAUUCUCUAGAAAAACAUUUUACAUGACUAACGUGCUUUAAUUGACUUUUAAGAACGCUUACUCCGACCACGUGGUGCUUGCCGAUGUUUACCGCACGUGUUUUAUACAGGUAUUUAUUGUAGUGUCUACGCAUCUCUUUAUCAAUUUAAAAGAUAAUGAUGAACAUUUCCGUGUGCUUAUCAAGCAUUAUUGUAGAUUUUAGUAAACAUGCCAUUGGUUUGCUUUUCGAACUGGAGGAAAUUUUUAAAAGUAUUAUUAAAGCGAAAACGGAUUAGUCUCCAUUUACAAAAUGCAAACAAUUUUGGAUCCUAUGAAGUCAUUUUGGUUCGCAGAAAAAAAGCGCAUUAAUGUGCACGAGCUCAUAUUAUAGUGAUGUCUUCAUCACUAGUUUAUUUGUGCCAAAGUUGUGUUUGUAAACCUGUGUCACUAUGACACUAUAUCGUUUAAUGACCACGAGAUAAAAAAAUUUUCUUGUUGUUUACAAAAAACAUUUCUCCCAGCAGGUGAUCCAUAAUCUGGUCUGACAUUGUCAGACUCCAUGCACACAUAUGUUGACCUCUUGACAAAUUUUCCGUAUGUGAUUUUCAUUGUUUUACUUGUUUUACGAAGUUUGUAACAGCUGGGCACAACUGCAGAAUUAUUGUUUUAAUUAUAGAGAGCUUCAUAACAGGAAAGCCAACAGCGAAAUUUCACUGGCGGUUAAUUGUGGCUGAGGGGAAAAUAUUAUUAGUGAAGUCAAGACGAUGGGUUUAUGUAACAGACAAUAACCAGAGUGUAACCGACAGAAAAUAAAAUGCUUACACUUCUGUCAUCAAAUAACAGGAGUAGUAAUUAACCUUUUAC